UCGGAUUGACGGCUAAUGCGAAGUGAUUGUGAGAUUAUUAACGUUAAUGAUUUCCGAGGAUUAUUUUACCCAACGUGGUGCGCGUUUAAAGUCUAUCUUUGUCAUCUGGACGAUAGGAAAGCGUUUUCCUUCGAGAUGUUAAUUUUUUAGGAAUUUUAUUUGUAGAUCGGUUCCUUCGACGAGGUGCAAUUGGGGGAAUGCGAACCGAGAUUAUUAACGUUAACGAUGUUCGAGGAUUAUUCUAUGAAACGGGGCGCGUGCUUGAGAUCGAUCUUUGUUGACUGGACGAUAGGAAAGCGUUUUUCUUUGAAAUGUUAAUUUUUCAGGAAUUUUUUUGUAGAUCGGUUCCUUCGACGAGGUGCAGUUGGGGGAAUGCGAACCGAGAUUAUUAACGUUAACGAUGUUUGAGGAUUAUUUUAUGAAACGGGGCACGUGUUUGAGGUCGAUCUUUGUUGACUGGACGAUAGGAAAGCGUUUUUCUUUGAAAUGUUAAUUUUUUAGGAAUUUUUUUGUAGAUCGGUUCCUUCGACGAGGUGCAGUUGGGGGAAUGCGAACCGAGAUUAUUAACGUUAACGAUGUUCCGAGGAUUAUUCUAUGAAACGGGGCGCGUACUUGAGGUCGAUCUUUGUUGUCUGGGCGAUAGGAAAGCGUUUUCUUUCGAGAUGUUGAUUUUUUAGGAAUUUUUUUGUAGAUCGGUUCCUUUGACGAGCUGCAGUUAGGGGAAUACGAACCGAGAUUAUUAACGUUAACGAUGUUCCGAGGAUUAUUCUAUGAAACGGGGCGCGUGCUUGAGGUCGAUCUUUGUUGUCUGGGCGAUAGGAAAGCGUUUUCCUUCGAGAUGUUGAUUUUUUAUGAAUUUUUUUGUAGAUCGGUACGUUGAACGAGGUGCAGUUAUCGAUCCGUGUCGGAAAUCCGAGACUUUCGAGGCGGCGCGAAACUUAGAGGCUUUUUCCUUGUAAACCUAAGAUCUUUCUUCAAGGCUGUAGUCCCCUGGAGCCUGAUUUAUAAACAAAUGGGUCUUGAGAAGAGGGAGUGGCCGAGAAGAGACGCCGAAGAGUUCCACGAGGAAUGUGACGAGGCGAGAGAAGAACGAUUUAUUUUGUGUACCUGAACAGAGUGCUAUACCGUGUAAGCGUAUUUUAUAAUCGUAGGUUACAUACCCAGUGCUAGAAAUGUAUCUGUCGUUGCCCUGAAGAAGGUCUACGCGAACGAGCUGUCCCGUACCUCGUCGCUUGGUAUUUCAUUUAGUACCCGUAGAUACCUAAUGAUUUGAAUUACUCUUGCGUAUCCUAAGUAGACGGUAAUUUUCUUUCGGCUUAGAAGUGUGUACCACCCCGUCGACCUUUGUUGCUCAGAGAAUUAUUUCGAUUCCGUUGUACUCGGUCAGGCUUGGAGAUCGAUUUUCCGUAGUUCCUAAGUUAAGGUCAAGUUAAGGCUUUAGACGGGUCUAAGUACUCUGGGAUCGAUAUAAGAGAGCUCUUUGCGAGUCGGUCGGAAAUCUCACCCGAGGUUUGUUUAUAUUUCGCCGAUGGACAUACACCUCUUGUUGUUGUUACUCGCGCGGACAUCUUGGACCUAGCUCCAGUACUCGCUUAUUGUUCGGCUGAAUCGGAUCGUAUAUCCUACGUUUAUACGACGUAUAUUCGGGGGUAAGAUGUACCACUAUGCCACGGGUGUGUACGCGACAUGCACGAAGUCGACGAGGGUGUAUAUAAUGGGGGGAAUAAACUGUAAAGGAAAUUACUCGCCCGUGGAGUUUCAUCUUUCGGAGCUUUUAAGCUGCGUAGAAGAAGCAUCCCCUCGAAGGACCAGAAGGAGGCGCGAGCUCUUCCCGGAAGUAACUAUGGAGGCGCCUAGCGGCUCGGCGACGAGUCCGGUGACGUCGUUGGAACUGAAGGUGCGAAGAUCGAAUUUGAGGUCACAGCCAUCGACGUUAGACACGAGGAGAAGGCAAGCCGUGUGCGUGAGGAGGGCCUUCAAGAAAUACGGACCCAAGAGCAACCCAAACAUCAUUCUGGAUGGACUCAACAUGACAGUGCCGAAAGGCACCAUAUAUGGUCUCCUUGGAGCCAGUGGCUGUGGGAAGACCACGUUGCUGUCCUGCAUCGUCGGAAGGAGGCGCCUGAAUUCAGGGGAGAUCUGGGUCCUGGGUGGCCGACCGGGAUCCAAAGGAUCAGGAGUCCCUGGACCUCGGGUCGGAUACAUGCCCCAGGAGAUCGCCCUCUACGGGGAAUUUUCCAUCAGGGAGACCUUCAUAUACUUCGCAUGGGUCGCCGGGAUGACCACCGAACAGGCCGAUGAGAAACUGGAAUUUCUGAUCAAAUUCUUGCAACUGCCCUCGGAAAAUCGACUCGUGAAGAACCUCUCGGGAGGACAACAGAGGCGGGUCUCGUUCGCAGCUGCUCUCAUCGCCGAUCCAGAACUCCUGAUCCUGGACGAGCCGACCGUAGGAGUCGAUCCCGUCUUGAGGCAGAACAUCUGGGAUCAUCUGGUCCAGCUGACGAAAGACGGAAACAAGACGAUCAUCAUUACCACCCACUACAUCGAGGAGACCACCCAGGCUGGGAUCAUCGGUCUGAUGAGGGGUGGCAAGUUCCUUUCCGAGGAGUCCCCCAGGAAACUCAUGGAGAUGCACGGCCUGGAAACUCUCGAGGAGGUUUUCCUCAAGCUCAGCAAACGACAGAACAUGGGCCUAAGGCGAAGGAGCAGCAUCCUCAGCAGCGUUACCGGGCUGCCUCCUGAACACGACGUCGAGGACGAAAUGAGCGGGGAGUUCGGCGACAACGUCAGCAUCUCUAGUCGAAGAAGAAGCAUUGCCGUGACGGACGAUAAUAACGUUCCCGAGCUGCCGCCGGAGGAAAAAGGCUCGUCGAGCUUCAAACCCCUCGACUCCAAUCACAUGAAGGCUCUCAUUUGGAAGAACUUCUUGUGGAUGUGGCGCAAUGUCGGGGUGAUGGCGUUCAUCAUCGGUCUCCCGGUCGUGCAGAUCAUUCUAUUUUGCCUGUCCAUUGGGAAGGAUCCUAAAGGAUUGAAAUUGGCUAUUGUUAACCAAGAGCUGCAGAACAUCGCGAUGCCCUGCGUACCUCCGAUCGGAUGCAAUAAUACCUUAUUGAGCUGUCGGUACUUAAAACAUCUUGCCACUAGAAAUGUGGAUUUGGUUCCGUACGGGAACGAGGACGAUGCGAUCCACGCCAUUAAGAAAGGGAAAGCCUGGGCUACCUUGAUGUUCUCCUCUAAUUAUUCCGAGUCUCUUGUCAAUCGGCUGGAAAUGGGAAAAGACGUCGACGAAUGGAGCGUCUUGGCUGCCGACUUGAACGUCAUAAUGGAUAUGUCAAAUCAGCAGAUCGGACAACUUCUUCAGCGAGACAUCUUAUUCUCAUAUCAAGACUUUGCGAAGGAGUACACGACUUCUUGCAACUACAGCGAGAAGUUCGCGAACAUCCCGAUGAACUUUGAAACACCAAUUUAUGGACCGCGGGAGCCCAAUUUUACGGAUUUCGCAGCACCAGGAGUAAUUCUGACGAUAAUUUUCUUCCUUUCGGUGGCGUUGACAUCGGGCGCCAUGUUGCUGGAAAGGAACGAGGGUCUUCUAGAAAGAAGUCUUGUCUCCGGCAUAACCGGAAUCGAGAUUUUGCUGGGACAUGUCACGACCCAAUUCGUCGUCAUGAUAGGGCAGACGGUGAUGGUCCUGAUAGUCGGAUUCGCCGUUUUCAAAAUCACCUGCGAGGGUCAGAUCGGCUGGGUGACCGUCCUGACAAUUUUGACAGGACUCUGCGGAAUGUGUUUCGGAUUCACCAUAGCCUGCGCAUGCGAGACAGAGAGGACCGCGACCUACUUGGCGAUGGGGUCUUUCUUGCCCAUCGUGAUGCUUUGCGGGAUAAUUUGGCCAACCGAAGGGAUGCAUCCUGUCCUUAGAUGGAUAUCCUACAUCCUACCGUUGACCAAAAGCACCGAGUCCUUCCGAGCAAUGAUCGCGAGAGGCUGGCCCAUUACGAAGCCGACGGUGUACGAGGGGUUCAUCUCAAUGUCUCUUUGGAUCGUCAUCUUCCUAACGAUCGCGAUAUUGCUUAUCAAAUUUAAGAAGGGAUAAGAGACCCCUCGUCUCUCCUAUACUCUAAGAGUAGGACUGAUUUAAAGUAAUAGCCUACGAACUUUUCUGCGACGUCUCUCGACUCGCACCUUUGAGUUCCGGGCUUUUAGAUAAUUCACCUCUCAUCCCCUCGAUUAUCUAAAGUCCAGGGAAAGAGCAUUCCAUGACAAUAGGAAUGGGAAAAAUCGUCCUCGGGAGAAAUAUCCUCUUGCCGUUGGCAUAACGCGAGUAAUGUAGUUAAUGUAAUUAUUCUAGGGUCCUUCGAUUGACGAUUUAGUGAUUGUUCUUCUUGUUCUUUUUUUUUUCUCUUUUAACUUGCGCACCGGCGCUCUGCUCAGAUCGAUGUAAUAUAUUUAUUUCCCCCCUCUUUAGUAACUUCCCGCUAUAGUUUUCAUAAGUUAAUCGUCCAAGCGCGAUGAUUUUAUUGCACGGAGUGCACUUAACGAUGUAAUCGCGUAGUUGGAUGGGGUACGAGCUAGUCGACCCGGCGGAAGUCAUUUUUAUAAAUGAUAACGUAACUGUCAUGUCAUUAUUAUAUAACAUCACGUAGCAGUCAUGUUAUCGGUAGGGGAAAUGUCAUUGGGUAUUUUACUUGCAUAUCGGCCGUCAUGAGAAAUGCCCCCGUGUACAGUAACCGUCACUUCUCAUACCGCCGAUAGUUCAUAGGAAAUGAAGAUGUUCAUGCAUGUUCUUUUUUGUUACCGUUCGAUUCUUUUUUUAUCCCCCUGAACGCGCGCCCGUUGUUAACGUUUUAUACAAAGCCUCGCCGGCCUUCGUCCUAUUUUACCCUAGGAGCACAGUAAACCGUGUAAGUAGCGACGGAUUUCGCGCGAGGCUAUUAUAACCGAGGUUUGUAAUAAAAGUAUACGUGAUAUCGUCCGUAUCGCAACACA